CACACACACACAAGAGUCACCCCCACUCAUUAUUAUUUCCAUUUCAUUUCAUUUCCAUUCAUUCAAUCCAUUUUUUUUGUCCCAAAAACUCAUUUUUUUUUCCUCACCGAAUGUAACGUUACUUCAUCCUUCAUUCAAGCUCAUUCCUUAUCACCAUAUACUCUAAAAACCAAACUUUUUUUUUUUCCUGAUAAGAUUUUUUUCUUUCUUUUUUUUGUUUGUGUUAAUUUUUCUUUGAACUAACCAUGUGGGGUUCUUUGAUCUAAGAUUAAUCGAUUUUGAAACCCAUUUUCUUGAUUCAUAUGUGUUGAUUUUCCAUCGAUCGUUUUGGGUUUUGCUGUUUUUGAGAUUUUCAAGGCAAGGUGGGUGAACCGAGUUGAUCGUGAUUUGCAUGGGUGACGAUGCCAGAAUUGCGUAGUGGAGCAAGGAGAUCAAAACGGCUUGGUGAUCUCCAGCCUGCCCCUCAACCUGUUGUUGGCCAAGAGGAAAACUUGGUCUUGCCGCCUACUCAGAACAGAACCAGGAGAAGAGGUGGUGGUGGUGGAAGAGGAAGGGGUGGUAAUGCAACGGCGGCUAUAGGAAAAGGACCUUCAGGGACGACACGUGGGAGGCCAAGUGGUGCUGGUAGGGGUAGAGGGAUUAGGUUGAUAGAUUUGGACCCAGAGCCACCGUGUGAGGUUCUUCCUCAAGCUGCUCCCGUUGGGGUUGCCGAGCCAGCUUUUAAUAGAAUUGACGGUGCUGCAGAUAAAAAGAUCGCAAUGGAUGGUGGUGGAAGUGCAGACAAAGUAAUGGCAGUUGAAGAAGAACCAAGCACGACUCCUGUACCAGAUAGGGUGCAAGUGGGUAAUUCUCCUGUAUAUAAAACGGAAAGGAAAUUAGGUAAGGGUGGAUUUGGGCAAGUAUAUGUUGGUCGAAGAACAAGUGGAGGAACUGAGAGAACAGGACCAGAUGCUGUUGAGGUUGCAUUAAAGUUUGAGCAUCGAAAUAGUAAGGGUUGCAACUAUGGCCCUCCUUAUGAGUGGCAGGUGUACAACACCCUAAAUGCAUGCUACGGAAUCCCAGGGGUUCACUAUAAGGGUCGUCAGGGAGACUUUUACAUCUUGGUCAUGGACAUGCUUGGACCCAGCUUGUGGGACGUGUGGAAUUCUUUAGGCCAGUCGAUGUCGCCGAGUAUGGUAGCAUGUAUCGCGGUGGAGGCAAUAUCAAUUCUUGAAAAGCUGCACCAAAAGGGGUUCGUGCAUGGAGAUGUGAAGCCAGAAAAUUUCUUGCUUGGUCUGCCGGGAAGUCAUGAUGAGAAGAAGCUGUAUCUUAUUGAUCUCGGUUUGGCAUCUAGAUGGAAAGAUGCAGCAUCCGGUCUGCAUGUUGAAUAUGACCAGAGGCCAGAUAUAUUCAGGGGCACCAUAAGAUAUGCAAGUGUGCAUGCUCAUUUGGGUCGGACUGGAAGUAGAAGGGAUGACCUUGAGUCACUAGCAUAUACAUUAAUAUUUUUGAUAAAGGGAAGGUUACCGUGGCAAGGCUAUCAGGGUGACAACAAGAGUUUCCUUGUCUGUAAGAAGAAAAUGGCCACUUCUCCAGAGUUGAUGUGUUGUUUUUGUCCGGCGCCAUUCAAGCAGUUCCUUGAGGCUGUGACAAAUAUGAAAUUUGACGAGGAGCCAAAUUAUGCCAAGCUUAUCUCAUUCUUUGAGAGUCUUAUUGAGCCAGUCACGUCACUACGACCAAUAAGAAUUGAUGGUGCUCUGAAGGUUGGGCAGAAGCGGGGAAGGUUGCUAAUAAACUUAGAGGAAGAUGAGCAACCAAAGAAAAAAGUACGAUUAGGUAGUCCUGCAACGCAAUGGAUUUCUGUUUAUAAUGCACGACGUCCCAUGAAGCAGAGGUACCAUUAUAAUGUUGCCGACUCUAGGCUUAGGCAGCAUGUAGACAAGGGAAAUGAAGACGGUCUAUACAUAAGCUGUGUGGCCUCAGCAGCCAAUCUGUGGGCCUUAAUAAUGGAUGCAGGAACAGGUUUCUCUUCCCAGGUUUACGAGCUUUCAGCUGUCUUCCUCCAUAAGGAUUGGAUAAUGGAACAGUGGGAAAAGAACUACUACAUCAGCUCAAUAGCUGGUGCAGCGAAUGGAAGUUCCUUGGUCGUUAUGUCCAAAGGAACUCCUUAUACACAACAGUCUUACAAAGUCAGUGAAUCUUUUCCUUUUAAAUGGAUAAACAAAAAAUGGAAAGAAGGUUUCCAUGUAACAUCCAUGACCACUGCUGGCAGUCGCUGGGGUGUGGUGAUGUCCCGAAAUGCUGGUUACUCGGAACAGGUUGUUGAGCUUGACUUCCUUUACCCAAGUGAAGGAAUACAUCGACGGUGGGAAAGUGGUUAUAGAAUAACUUCAAUGGCUGCCACCGCCGAUCAAGCAGCUUUCAUAUUGAGCAUACCGAGACGUAAGAUGAUUGAUGAGACUCAAGAGACUUUGCGGACAUCUGCCUUCCCAAGUACUCAUGUAAAGGAAAAAUGGUCCAAAAAUCUUUACAUUGCAUCGAUCUGCUAUGGUCGAACUGUCUGCUGAUAUCAACUGUUAAAGUUGUCGAUGAUGAUCAUAGUCGUUCAUCUUUGAAGAGAUUUGGAGGAUGAAUUCAGCUGGUCUAGUUGGAUUGCCUCCCAAGUGAGUCCUCGUGAUUUUUCAUGUAAAAUCUUUGUUUUGUUGUAUCAACUGUGUAAUGGGAAAAGUAAAACGAGAGUUGAGAAGUUGCUGAGUUAAUUGUGGCUGCUGCGUGCUGGUGGGUAGUAACAGCAAUUGCGCCGAUGACAAAAAGUAUUUUAGUUUUGGCAAUUAAGGCUAAGAAAUGGUUGAUUGCUGAAAAUAUUUGUACCUUUAAAAUUGGAAGGGUGUAUUUUUACCAUAAUCUAUCUGGUUGUCUCAGACAUCCUCUUUUUGCUGAUAA